AUGAUGUUUAUUGGCGUUAUUCACUGCGAAGAGUCUACCCUCAAGGCUCUUGGGUGGGGAAACCGUCAUCGAGCGAAAUGGUUCUUUUACAUCAGGGCAAAAGACCUAUACGAUUCUACGUACGAGACUGACAAGGUCAAAGUCAUACAAGCUCUGUUUCUCAUGAGCUUUUGGCGAGCCGGUGCGCUAUUGGAGAAGGACGCACGACAUUGGCUAGGCACAGCUAUUAGUCUCUCGCAAACAAGAGCACUACAUCGUUCCGGGGGUGAUACUGAUGAGGGACGCGCGAGGGUCAAGAGGAGGCUUUGGUGGGCUAUCUAUGUGCGCGAGCGACAAUGCGCAUCAGCUCUAGGGCUACCCUGCCGCAUACGCGACAAAGAUUGCGAUAUUGAGCCGCUGUCUUCCGCGGAUUUCACUGCUGCUUUUUCGCCGUCCACUCCUCUCGAAGACCGCCAUAGGUACACGGUGUACACGAUAAGUAUGGUGCAGCUGGCGGUCUUCCUUGGCAGAGUAGUGGAUGCCGGUUAUCUGCCGGGACGGGACCUCGCGCCCGAGGAGAGAGUCAAACUCCGCAACGAGCUCUACAAAUGGAGGCAAGACCUUCCAAGUAUCAUGCAGCUGCAUAGCGAUGCUGGCGAUCCGCCCAACUUCCAAGCCAGCAUGCUUCAUCUCGCGUACAACAAUCUACUCAUUCUACUCCACCGCACCAGCUUCGUUGUAGACGAGAACAACAACACAUCCGCGGACGGAAAUGUAGCGCUACAGGCAGCAGCGCGCAAUUCGCGUAUAGUCGAGGAUAUGCUGCCGGACGGCAACAUUGGGCACGCUCAGAUGCACGUCAUCACAAACCUUUUCAACACACUCUGCAUACAUGUUGUCAACUUCCGGCGCUCGAACGGCAUCAAUCGCACGCUCGCUGAGCAUCGAGCCAAGCUUUGCCUGCUGGGCUUGCAAGAACUGCAGAAGACGUGGGAAGUAACCAAUUGGGUGUUACAGCUAUUUUUCCAAUAUCUCGACAGAGAAACAGCUUCGAGGUUGGCUAUGGAAGCGGAUGACGGAGGUGCCGCUCGGAAUGUUGGCCAGUCUACUUCAGUCGGCACUACUGCGCAACUGCCUUCGCAGCAACAAGGUAUCGAUAGCAUCGCAAUUCGUAAUACUCAACAUGAUAUGGAAGGUCCUGCGUCAGCCGCCACCAGCCCUAAGCCUUGGUCAUGGACCCUGGACGAAGCGGACCAAUACCUCUUCACGCAAAUCGAGAAUGACUUUGCUUUUGGGGAAGGUACCCUGCAGCAAUGGUGUCCAGAGGACCUGGUCAUACCCGAAUAA